CUGCACCACCCCAUUCCGAUUCUGUGUUCUGUAUUCUUCUUGUAUUGGCUUGAGUAUAUAAUUGUGAGCCAAAUAUUCUGUGUCCUCCUUUUUCAUUCUUUCUUUCUCGGUCUGCAGAAGUGACAGCAACAAGUUAUGGCCACUGCAGGAAAGGUGAUUAAAUGUCGGGCUGCUGUAGCCUGGGAGCCCAAUACUCCAAUGGUGAUAGAGGAGAUUGAAGUGGCUCCACCCCAAAAGAAUGAAUUACGUAUCAAGGUGAUAGCUACAGGUGUUUGUCACACCGAUUUGUACCAUCUGUUUGAGGGCAAGCAUAAGGAGGGAUUUCCUGCUGUGCUUGGUCAUGAAGGUGCUGGUGUGGUGGAAAGUGUUGGACCUGGAGUCACAGAGUUUAAACCAGGUCAAAACAGGAUACAAUGCUCACUAUUCAUUCUGUUUCUCUGGAUUGCUGCUUGCUUGCUUACCUGUAGUGUACUGACCUCUUCUAAUGUUUUCACAGGUGAUAAGGUCAUUCCCCUCUUCAUCUCUCAGUGUAGAGAGUGCAAGUUCUGUAAGAGCCCAAAGACUAACCUCUGUGAGCAGAGCUGGACUAGUGACCGAUAUGCUCAGAUGUCAGAUACUAUCACACGCUUCACCUGUCGUGGUAAGCCUGUCCUGCAGUUCAUGGGCACCAGCACCUUUUCCGAGUACACGGUCAUGAACCAGAUUGCCGUGACAAAGAUCCACAAUGAUGCCCCAUUGGACCGCGUUUGCCUGCUUGGCUGUGGUAUUUCCACUGGCUACGGAGCAGCAGUCAACACCGCCAAGGUUGAGCCAGGCUCAGUGUGUGCAGUGUUCGGGCUUGGAGCUGUAGGCCUUGCAGCAGUCAUGGGAUGUAAGAAUGCUGGAGCCUCCAGGAUCAUUGCUGUGGACAUAAAUGAGCAGAAGUUUGAAAAAGCAAAGGUAUUUGGUGCCACUGACUUUGUAAACCCCAAAGCACACAAAAAGCCUGUCAGUGAGGUUCUGGCAGAAAUGACCAAUGGGGGUGUGGAUUUCUCCCUGGAGUGUGUGGGUAACGUGGCUGUUAUGAGGAGUGCACUGGAGGCAUGUGCUAAAGGUUGGGGUGUGAGUGUGCUUGUUGGCUGGACAGACGUUAGUGAUUUUUCUGCUCGACCUAUUCAGCUAAUUGCUGGAAAGACCUGGAAAGGAUCGCUCUUUGGAGGCUUUAAGAGUAAGGACUCUAUUCCAAACCUAGUCCUAGACUACAUGGCUGGUCGUAUAAAGCUGGACGAGUUUGUAACCCAUACUAUGAAUCUCGAGCAGGUCAACGAUGCAGUUGAGCUCAUGAAGAAGGGGGAAUGCAUUCGAACCAUCCUGAAUGUGUCUAAAUGAGAAGGGCACAGCUACUUCAGAUCGAAGUCAUUACUGCUUCUGCAUAUAUUUUAUCAUUUAAUAAAGCUUGCUAAUACGAAUUCUUUGUUUUGAAAAUUGGCUAAAUAUUAUAUAACCCUGCAACACUCGAAAGGUGUUGGCUGAAACACUCACAUUACUCAAUUAGCGUAUUUAACCUGCAUGCUGUGAUAAGCUUAUAAGCCACAUACUGGAAUUAGAUUAUCUAAAAGAGUUCACAAACAUUAUACAAUCGUAUAAAAAGCUAUGGGGUGGAAGCCAUUAUGUAAAAUAGUUGCAUGUGGUAAUAAAAAUGCAAAUUCAA